CUUAUACUAAUAGAAGCCGUUGAUUGACUAUGAUUAUGAUUCUAACUCUUGAGUUGUUCUUCCAUUUCCGUCUCUUCCGCUCUCACACAUAAAUCACAAUUCCCAAUCUCUCUCUCUCUCUCUUUCUCUUAGGGUUUAGAAAAUCGAAUUUCUGAAACUUCAAAAUCGCACUCAACUCUAGGGUUUGCUUUUUUGUCUUUUCGAAUCGAAGCGCAAAAAAAGAAAGAAAAAAAGAUGCAGAGAAAGCUAUGGACGAAUCAGGGACUCGUAUAGAUUUUUCAACCUCAGAAAUUCCUCUUCUUCUUCUACGUUCUACCAUGGAAUCCAACUCCACAACGCAGCGUUUAAUCAUCGGAUGCCGAUUCCGGUUCCGAUCGGCAUUCGAUUCCUACUCCAUUGCUUGUGAAGCCUUCUCGGAACAACAGCUUGUUUGUUCUCCGAUCAACGUCAAAAUCAAACAAAUUCUUUGAUAGGGUUUGCGAUUUGUUUUCUUUUCUUUUCUUUUUCCCUCUUAAAAACAAUCUCUCUCUCUCUCUCUCUCUGUCCCUCCCUUUCUCUCUCUUAAUUCUUUACUCUAGCUAUGGAUUUCGGCAUGGUUUCAAAAUCGGAAGCUGAGGUUGGUGAGGCUGUGGAGAAAGAUCCGACUGGACGAUACGUUCGGUCUGAUGAAGUCUUGGGGAGGGGAGCAUUUAAGACUGUAUACAAGGCAUUUGAUGAAGUGAAUGGAAUUGAAGUUGCUUGGAACCAAGUGAACAUUGAGGAUGUAUUGCAGUCACCAGAACAGCUGGAAAGAUUAUAUUCAGAGGUUCAUCUGCUGAAAUCUUUGAAACAUGAAAAUAUUAUCAAGUCCUAUAAUUCUUGGGUAGAUGAUAAGAACAAGACUAUCAACCUGAUAACGGAGUUGUUCACUUCUGGGAGUUUGAGGAAAUAUCGUAAGAAGCAUAAGAAUGUUGACAUGAAGGCCAUCAAGAACUGGGCAAGGCAGAUUCUUCGAGGUUUAAGCUAUCUGCAUGGCCAUAAUCCUCCGAUUAUCCACAGAGACCUGAAAUGUGACAAUAUAUUCGUUAAUGGAAACAAUGGAGAAGUUAAAAUUGGAGAUCUUGGACUGGCAAUUGUCAUGCAGCAGCCUACUGCCCGAAGUGUUAUUGGCACCCCCGAAUUCAUGGCUCCGGAGCUUUAUGAAGAGGAAUACAAUGAACUUGUUGACAUAUAUUCUUUUGGCAUGUGCAUGUUAGAAAUGGUUACAUGUGAAUACCCGUAUAGUGAAUGCAAAAAUCCUGCUCAAAUAUAUAAGAAGGUUACCACUGGCAUAAAGCCUGCUUCCCUCAGUAAAGUGAAUGACCCCCAAGUUAAGCAGUUCAUAGAGAAGUGUCUAGUUCCAGCAUCUAUGAGAUUGCCUGCAACAGAGCUCUUGAAAGAUCCAUUUCUUGCAACUGUAAAUUCGAAGGAUCUCAUUUGUGACUCCCUGCGGGCGCCCAUUAAUUUGCCCGUACUAGUGAACCCACCGCAACUUGAAUAUCAUGCGAUGGACAUAGAUUCUAACUGCAAGAAGCUUUCUGUUGACUCUGGUGUAAAAAGCAUCAACGGAAGUUCUAACUCUUCGACUCUAGAAUUUCAAAGUUUUACCAAGAAUAAUGAAUUUAGGUUAAGAGGGCAGAAAAUUGAUGAUGAUAAUACAAUUUCAUUGACUCUGCGUAUUACUGAUCCCUGUGGCCAUGUGAGGAACAUCCAUUUUGCAUUUUAUCUUGAUUCUGAUACUGCAACUGCAAUAGCUCAGGAGAUGGUUGAGCAGCUUGAUCUGUCCAAAGAAGAUGUGGCUGUCAUAAGGGAGUUAAUUGACAACUUGAUUAAUCAGCUGGCAUCCAGCUUGAAAUCUUUUUUUGAAAACCAUUCAUAUGAAAAAAAUGGUUCAUUUGGUGUGGAUUCAGGAUCUGUAGACACUUUGGUCAAGUCAGUUGUUGAGCACCCUGGUCUCCCGCAAUUGGCUGAUGUGGAAGAUGAAGACAAUCAAGGAUCAACCAUUUCAGAUAUAUCAGCUGAGUACAGUGUCCCAAUGGCCUCAGACGCCUGUAAUGGCAAUGCUUUAGAGUCUGAUUAUUUCAGUCACGAUGACUGCUAUAAAGCUUUAAAUGAGUAUGGAUUCAAUUCAGAGUAUGGGGUUUAUGACCAUGGUGGGCAUAAUGAGAAGAGCUAUGAAGCUAAUUCCAGUGAAUCUGUUAUGAUUAAUGAACCUGCAAAAAACUCUUCAAGCUCCUUUGAUCUUUCAUGUUCUGUUAUGUCAAAAAACUUUAACUUGUCAAACACAUGCUCUCUAUCUCUGGCAGACAAGGGCCAGUAUGAUGACCUAAAGCUGGAGCUGGAUGCAAUUGAUUCGCAGUAUCACCAACAAUUCAUUGAACUCUUGAGGAUGAGGGAGGAAGCAAUAGAAAAUGCCAGAAAGAGGUGGAUAUCAAAGAAGAAAAUAUCUGUUAUUUGAUUUACUAGAUUUUUCUUGCUAUAAUUUUUUUUUUCGCUGUGUUGUGACAAUUGCCUUUUCCUUGCGACUUUGUGGGGGCAAUAUCUAAAGUCAUUCUUUAACAUCAAUCAAACUGAUGUGGGUUCAUGUUCCAUUAAGCUGUGGUUGCACUACUUUUCUAGUGUUUUGGUGAACCUCCUAGAGGAUAUCAAUUUAUUUAAAUCUAUUUAUUAUGUCA